GGAUUAUAGUCAACUGUGAAGCAGAACAAAAAAAAUUAUUCUUGGUUGAAGUGUCCUUGUCUUGGUAAAAUAUGAUUAAUUUACAUAAAACGAAAAAGGCAUGGGUUGAAUAAAAGUGAUGUUAUAUUUAGUUAGGAUAGUAACAGUAAUUGGUGUGGAUUCGAAAAAGAUGAAGGUUUGGAGAUGGGUGGUGAGUUUGAUGUUAGUGGGGUUACUGCCCGUGUCAACAAUGGGUCGAUUCGUGGUGGAGAAGAACAGCCUGAGAGUGACAUCGCCGGAGAAAAUAAGAGGGACACACGACAGUGCCAUUGGCAACUUCGGAAUACCUCAAUACGGUGGUAGCAUGGCCGGGAACGUAAUUUACCCUAAGGAUAACAAAAAGGGUUGCAAAGAGUUCGAUGAGUUCGGGAUUUCCUUCAAAUCAACCCCCGGUGCUCUUCCCACCAUUGUUCUACUCGAUCGCGGAAGUUGCUUCUUUGCUUUGAAGGUCUGGAAUGCCCAGAAGGCUGGUGCUUCUGCUGUUCUUGUUGCCGACGAUGUUGAGGAGCCCUUAAUUACUAUGGACACCCCUGAGGAGGAUGGCUCUUCCGCCAAAUAUGUGGAGAACAUAACUAUACCCUCUGCUCUCGUCGGAAAAAGUUUUGGUCUAAAAUUAAAGGAUGCCUUUAGUGGUGGCGAUAUGGUCAACUUAAACCUUGAUUGGAGAGAGUCUGUUCCUCACCCCGAUGAUCGCGUCGAGUAUGAGUUGUGGACCAACAGCAAUGAUGAGUGUGGUGUUAAGUGUGAUAUGCUCAUGGAAUUUGUCAAGGAUUUCAAGGGUGCAGCCCAGAUUCUAGACAAAGGCGGUUACACUCAGUUUACACCCCAUUAUAUUACUUGGUACUGUCCUCAUGCUUUCACUUUGAGCAAGCAGUGCAAGUCUCAGUGCAUAAAUCACGGUAGAUACUGUGCUCCGGAUCCUGAGCAAGACUUCACCACAGGUUAUGAUGGCAAAGAUGUCGUUAUUGAAAAUUUAAGGCAGCUAUGUGUUUUCAAGGUGGCAAAUGAAACCGAAAAGCCUUGGGUGUGGUGGGACUAUGUCACUGAUUUUCAAAUUAGAUGCCCCAUGAAGGAGAAGAAGUACAAUAAGGAAUGUGCAAAUGCUGUUAUUAAAUCACUGGGUCUCAAUACGGAAAAGAUUGAAAAGUGCAUGGGAGAUCCAGACGCCGAUACUGAUAAUCCUGUUUUGAAAGAAGAGCAAGAUGCCCAAAUUGGAAAGGGAUCGCGAGGUGAUGUUACCAUAUUGCCUACUCUUGUGGUCAAUAAUCGACAAUAUCGAGGAAAAUUGGAGAAAGGUGCUGUUCUAAAGGCUAUAUGUUCUGGGUUUGAGGAAACUACUGAACCAGCUGUUUGCUUGAGCAGUGAUGUGGAGACAAAUGAGUGUUUGACAAACAAUGGUGGUUGUUGGCAGGAUAAAGCAGCUAACAUCACUGCAUGCAAGGAUACAUUCCGUGGGAGAGUAUGUGAAUGCCCUCUGGUUGAUGGUGUACAAUUCAAAGGAGAUGGUUAUACAACUUGUGAAGCAAGUGGACUUGGGCGUUGCAAGAUAAAUAAUGGAGGCUGUUGGCAUGAUGCUCAAAAUGGACAUGCAUUUUCUGCUUGUUUGGAUAAUGGAGGGGUCAAAUGCCAGUGUCCCACAGGGUUUAGAGGUGAUGGUGUAAAAAAUUGUCAAGAUAUAGAUGAAUGCAAAGAGAAGAAGGCUUGUCAGUGCCCUGACUGUAGCUGCAAGAAUACUUGGGGAAGCUAUGACUGCAGUUGUAGUGGAGAUCUUCUGUAUAUGAGGGACCACGAUACCUGCAUAAGUAAAACUGGCAGUCAGGGAAGAUCUACCUGGGCUGCUUUUUGGUUGAUUUUACUUGGCGUAGUUAUGAUUGCUGGUGGGGCAUUCCUUGUGUACAAGUACAGAAUAAGGCAAUACAUGGAUUCAGAAAUCAGAGCAAUCAUGGCGCAAUAUAUGCCCUUGGACAGCCAAGCAGAAGUUCCAAAUCAUGUCAAUGAUCAAAGAGCAUGAAGGCAAAAAUGGGCCAAUCCCUUGGAAUUUCACGGCAGGCAGCAUGGGUGUGACUUUUCCUGUGCCAUUUUGAACUCUGGUCAUUGAACUUAAUAGACUGUAUCCUAUGGACAGUGGAAAAGAUCGACAUUUAGAAUGUUGUCCUGCAUGUUUCUUUUUGGGGAUUGGAAAUGUAGCAUUUUGUAUACUUGGAAGGGCAGACUAUGUCUGUGUCUGUGGUACUAUUUCACUAGAUUCUGCCAGACAUCUUGUUCCACGCACAAGAUCGUAACUUAUCGUGCUGUAAUACAUGCAAGUUAACGUCCUAAUGUUGUUCCAUUGC